AUGCCCAACUCGCUAGCCAUGAUCGGUCCUCCCGCUCCCCACAGCGCCUGGACGCUCGACCAUGUCCCUGAACCGAUCCUAGAUUGCAUCAUCCUUCACGUCCUGUUCGACGCCGCCGAAUCAGAGCUUGCAGGGGGAGCGGCACACCCGGAAGGAGUCGGGGCAAUGGCUUCGGUCGACCCUGUCUGUCGCCGGAAAAUCUUCCGUAGGACGAAAUGCAUGUCUGAUAUCAGACUGCCUUCGCCUGAGGAGCUGGACGAGGCUCUGAAGGUUGUUCGCAAGGAGACCUACCCCUUUAUCGAGCUAGAACUCAUCAUGGUAUGGGACGUAGAAUACUGGCAGAGUGAACUUAGCAGGAAUGGCGCACCCACCGAGACGAGUGCUCUGCUGGGUCCCAUGUGUCUGCCCAACGUACGUCUGAGGUCCAACGGUCAGCGAUGGCAGGCGACCCUCGAUGCCAAGAGCAAAGGCCAGCCCACGGAUGUCCAUAUGCAGGUCUUCUUGACAAAGUUGUUCCGCGCACGCCAUGAUCUUGAAAUGGUCGUCCUCCGCUACGCCUAUGCCUUUGAUACCAGCGGGAUGGCGAACGGGGCCCGGAACUCUAAUGGGGAAACCGAUAGGGACAAGGCGCACGUAUAUCGUCAGUUGGGGGCGACGAGGAACAGGAAGAAGAGGGGCGUCGACCUUAACGACGAUAUCAACUUUGAGCAAGUGGCCCAAUUCGUCGGGGCGCAUGUGAGGGCAGACCGACACGUCCCGGCCGGUUGA